CCAAUCAGGUGAAUUAGCGCGUCAAACGCGGCAGUAAUUAUCUCACGGAGAUUCGCCGGGCGGUUCUGAUUGACUCGUUUCCAGGUGCUUUGCGUCCAUGAGGCCACUGAAGCCUGGGUCUGAGCGUGUCUCCUUCCAUCUGCUUCCUGUCCGGUCCAGCUCCUGUCCGUCUGCCCCUCCUGCAGAGAUCCUGUCUCAUUACCUGUCCGUUCCAGGCCACUUCUCCCGAUGAGGCUGUGGGUCACAGGUCCACCCAGUAGAGUGCUCUCCUCACAGCCAAGCGUGGGAUUCUUUGACAGCCAGAUGUUGGAGCAAGCUAAAAGCCCCGUCAGUGCCAGCCUCUCUUUAAGAGCUGCCCCAGCUGAGGUGGAUUAAAGAGCUGCGGGCGCAAAGCAUGGAGAUGCAGAGGUGGAGCACCAGGUGGAAAACGAAAAGGUGGCUGUGGGAUUCAACGCUAAUUGCACUAGUCACGUUAGUUUUAAUUCUUCAAGCUGCCGGCGUCGGAGCAGCUGAACCAGUGGAUGUACUGAAGGUGCUUGACUUCCAGAGCUCCCCUCAGGGAGUAAAGAAAACACCAGGGUUCUGCACAGUUCGCAGAGGAUCCAAACCUGACAUCGCUUACCGAGUAGGAAAAAAGGCUCAGCUCAGCGCUCCGACCAAGCAGCUCUUCCCAGGGGGAGUUUUCCCAGAAGACUUCUCCAUCCUCUUUACCAUCAAGCCCAAGGCCGGACUCCAGUCCUUCCUGCUGUCCGUGUACAACAAACAAGGCAUCCAGCAGCUCGGCGUGGAGGUGGGCCGUGCCCCCGUCUUCCUGUACGAGGACCAGCAUGGCAGGCCUGCCCCCGAGGAGUACCCGCUGUUCCGCUCCAUCAACCUGGCUGACGGCAAGUGGCACCGUGUGGCCAUCAGCGUGGAGAAGAAGAGCGUCACCAUCAUUGUGGACUGUAAGAAGAAGGUGACCAGGCCGCUCGGCAGAAGCGACCAGGCUGUCAUUAACACAGAGGGCAUUACUGUCUUUGGCACCAGGAUUCUGGAUGAGGAGGUCUUUGAGGGUGACAUUCAGCAGCUGCUGAUAGUGGCAGACCCCAGGGCAGCCCAUGACUACUGUGAACACUACAGCCCUGACUGUGAAACCCCCAGCCACCACGACACCCCCCAGGCCCAGGAACCCGAGGAAGAGUACACUAACUAUGACUAUGGCGAGUUCUACGACUACAGCGAAGGAGGGUUAAUCACUGAUGCUCCCCCAACUGAACAAGCCAAGAUUGAGACAAAUGUUGGUGGAGACUACUACACGGGUGAGUAUGACUACACCCCUGUGGACAAAAGCCAGCCUGAAACGCCCACUGAGACCAAGGAACAAGGCCAGACCUACGAAGAGGAAAUAGUGGAUGAUUACAUCACCGGAGCAGAAGAGGUCGGUGUGGACCCUACAGUCCCUGUGAAAUCUGCCACUCCAGUGGAGACCAAGGAGAAGGUCGACCCCAACACAGACGUUUACGAAUUUAAGGAAUAUGAUAUAAAGGAAUACGACAAUAAGCAGUUUGUAGAGAAGCCGUACGAGUACGGUGAUUACGGCGACUAUGGCCCCACCGAUGCCAAGCCUACAUCUGUAACGUAUGAGGAAGAGUUUGGUCCUGGGGUUCCAGCAGAGACGGACAUCAGAGAGAGCAGUGUGAGUGGAGGCCAAAGCUACCUGGGAGAAAAAGGAGAGAAAGGCGAACCAGCUGUAAUUGAGCCGGGGAUGCUUAUAGAAGGACCCCAAGGAGCCCCUGGCCAAGCAGGCCUUCCCGGUACCCCAGGUUUGCAGGGUCCCCCAGGUGCCGCAGGAGAUCCUGGUGAGAGGGGUCCUCCAGGGCGUCCUGGUAUUCCUGGUUCAGACGGUGUCCCUGGGCCUCCAGGUACCAUUCUGAUGCUUCCAUUCCGUGCUGGCGGUGAGGCACACAAAGGACCUGUGGUUACAGCCCAAGAAGCUCAGGCUCAGGCCAUCUUAUCUCAGGCUAGGCUGGCGGUGAGAGGUCCUCCAGGCCCAACAGGCAUGGCCGGGAGAUCUGGUCCUGUGGGAAGUCCUGGUGCUCCUGGACUUAAAGGUGACAGCGGUGACUCUGGGCCACAGGGCCCCAGAGGUCUUCAGGGUCCAACGGGGCCUCCAGGAAAAGCAGGAAAAAGGGGUCGAAACGGAGCCGAUGGAGCUCGAGGAAUGCCAGGAGAGGCAGGCGCCAAGGGUGAGCGAGGGUUCGACGGCCUCCCUGGGCUUCCUGGAGAAAAGGGACAUAGAGGAGAACAGGGUUCUACCGGUCCUCCAGGACCUCCUGGAGAGGAUGGACCGAGAGGUGAAGACGGCCAGGUUGGACAGAGAGGAGUAGCUGGAGAGGGCGGUCCUAGAGGUUUGCUGGGCCCCAGAGGGACUGCGGGUCCCCCAGGGCAGCCUGGUCUUCCUGGACUUGAUGGACAAGCUGGUCCCAAGGGAAACAUGGGUCCACAAGGAGAGGGAGGGCCUCCUGGGCAGCAGGGUUUGCCUGGUCCACAUGGUCUUAUUGGUCCUCAAGGUCCAAUUGGGCCUCCUGGUGAAAAAGGACCUCAAGGUAAACAAGGCCUAGCUGGUCUUGCUGGUGCUGAUGGUCCACCUGGUCACCCAGGAAAAGAGGGUCCUGCAGGCGAGAAGGGAACAGCUGGUUUCCCUGGUCCGAUGGGAUCCAUCGGCUACCCCGGGCCUCGCGGUGUAAAAGGAGCUGAGGGAAUCAGGGGCCUUAAAGGUGACAAAGGAGAGAAGGGAGAAGAUGGAUUUCCUGGCUUCAAAGGAGACAUGGGUCUCAAAGGUGACAAGGGUGAGGGCGGCCUGCAAGGACCCAGAGGAGAAGACGGUCCCGAGGGCCCCAAGGGCAAGACUGGACCCAAUGGAGAAGCUGGCCCCUUGGGAUUAGCUGGAGAGAAAGGAAAACUCGGCGUUCCUGGUUUGCCUGGGUAUCCGGGAAGACAAGGCCCCAAGGGCUCCAAUGGCUUCAAUGGAUUCCCUGGAGCAAACGGCGAGAAAGGCGCAAGGGGAAUUGCCGGCAAAGCUGGACCUAGAGGGCAACGUGGCCCAACGGGUCCACGCGGUGGACGUGGCGCAAGAGGACCAACAGGGAAACCAGGAGCAAAGGGAACCUCAGGCAAUGAUGGACCUCCUGGUCCUCCAGGAGAGAGGGGACCUCAAGGACCACAAGGACCUGUCGGCUUCCCAGGACCCAAAGGACCCAAUGGUCCACCAGGAAAAGACGGGCUGCCUGGUCAUCCUGGACAGAGGGGAGAGACGGGCUUCCAAGGAAAGACUGGACCUCCAGGACCUGGAGGAGUGGUUGGACCACAGGGACCAACUGGAGAGACAGGGCCAGGUGGUGAACGAGGACAUCCAGGCUCCCCUGGUCCACCUGGGGAGCAAGGUCUACCAGGAGCUGCUGGGAAAGAGGGUGGAAAGGGUGAUCCAGGUCUCCAAGGCCCUGGUGGAAAGCCAGGCCCUCAAGGCUUGAAGGGCUUUCAAGGAACUAGAGGUCUCCCAGGGGCAAUGGGUCCAGCUGGCUUAAAGGGAGGAGAAGGGCCUCAGGGUCCCCCUGGCCCCAUCGGUUCUCCUGGAGAGAGAGGUGCUGCUGGCCCCGGAGGUCCCAUUGGUCUGACAGGACGCAACGGGCCCCAAGGGCCUCCUGGCCCCGCUGGAGAGAAGGGUGGCCCUGGAGAGAAAGGUCCAAUGGGUCCUGCUGGCCGUGAUGGCAUCCAAGGCCCUGUGGGCCUUCCUGGUCCUGCUGGUCCUCAGGGUCCCCCUGGAGAGGACGGAGACAAGGGAGAAGUUGGUGGACCUGGACAGAAGGGAAGCAAAGGAGACAAGGGUGAACUUGGUCCACCAGGCCCCGGUGGGCUCCAGGGUGUAGUUGGAGCUCCAGGUCCAGCUGGCAGCGAUGGUGAGUCCGGACCCAGGGGACAGCAGGGCAUGUUUGGCCAGAAGGGAGACGAAGGACCCAGAGGAUUCCCAGGUCUGCCGGGGCCCGUUGGACUGCAGGGUUUGCCCGGUCCUCCUGGUGAAAAGGGAGAGAAUGGAGAUGUCGGGCCAAUGGGUCCACCUGGUCCUCCUGGCCCCAGAGGUCCCCAAGGUCCAGGCGGCGCUAGCGGUGCACAAGGUCCUCCUGGUGGUAUUGGUUCAGCUGGAGGUGUUGGUGAGAAGGGAGAAACUGGAGAAGCUGGAAACCCAGGAUCAGCUGGAGAGCCCGGUCGUCCAGGCCUCAGAGGAGAAACUGGCGAAAAAGGAGAAACCGGCCCACCAGGAGCUGCUGGACCCGCAGGUGGCCGUGGUCCCUCUGGAGAUGACGGACCCAAGGGUAACCCUGGUCCUGUCGGGUUCCCAGGAGACCCUGGUCCCCCCGGUGAGCCUGGUGCUGCUGGUAUUGAUGGUUUACCAGGUGACAAAGGAGAUGAUGGAGAAGCUGGUCAACCUGGCCCUCCAGGUCCAUCAGGUGAGGCUGGAGUACCAGGACCUCCUGGCAAAAGGGGACCUGUUGGACAAGCAGGCCAGGAGGGAAGACAAGGCGAGAAGGGAUCAAAGGGAGAAGCUGGAGCUGAAGGACCUGUUGGGAAAACCGGACCAGUGGGACCUCAAGGUCCCUCUGGAAAGUCAGGCGCUGAGGGCCUGCGUGGCAUCCCAGGCCCUGUUGGUGAGCAAGGACUUCCUGGAGCUUCAGGUCAAGAUGGACCUCCUGGACCUCUUGGACCCCCUGGACUUCCUGGAAUGAAAGGUGACUCUGGAUCCAAAGGAGAGAAGGGUCAUCCAGGUCUCAUCGGUCUGAUUGGUCCCCCCGGUGAGCCAGGAGAGAAAGGAGACAGAGGUCUGCCCGGACCGCAGGGUAGUGCAGGUGGCAAGGGAGAUCCUGGUCUUGGUGGUACACACGGUCCUCUUGGUCCUCCUGGUCCACCUGGUCUACCUGGAGCUUCAGGACAGAAAGGAUCCAAGGGAUCAACUGGGUCAGCUGGUCAGAAGGGAGAGCCUGGACUGAUCGGUCCACCUGGAGCUCCUGGACCCCCUGCUGACGUCAUCCAGCCGCUCCCCAUUCAGCAAUCCUCCGGAAAGAUCAGGCGUCAGGCCGAGAUGCAGGGAGAUGAGGCAGACUACGCUGCAGGCAUGGAGGGAAUGGAGGACGUCUUCGGCUCCCUCAACAACCUCAAACAAGACAUCGAGCGCAUGAAGUUCCCCAUGGGCACCCAGGACAACCCAGCCAGGACCUGCAACGACCUUCGCCUCAGCCAACCUGACUACCCGGAUGGUGAAUACUGGGUCGAUCCAAACCAAGGCUGCAUCGGAGACGCCAUCAAUGUGUUCUGCAACUUCACAGCAGGCGGGGAGACGUGCAUCUACCCAGACAGGAAAUCUGCAAUGGUUAGAAUAUCGAACUGGCCCAAGGAGCAUCCAGGUUCAUGGUUCAGUGAAUUCAAACGUGGCAAAAUUUUGAACUACGUGGACGCGGCAGAAAACACCAUCAACCCGGUGCAGAUGACCUUCCUGAAGCUACUGAGCUCCUCCGUGCGGCAGAACUUCACCUACAUCUGCCACCAGUCUGUGGCCUGGUACGACAGCAGCUCUGACAGCUACGACAAGGCUCUGCGCUUCCUGGGCUCCAACGAUGAGGAGCUGUCUUACGAUAACAACCCCUUCAUUAAGCCGCUGAGUGACGGCUGCUCGGUGAAGCAGGGCUAUUCAAAGACGGUGAUGGAGAUCAACACUCCCCGCAUCGACCAGCUGCCCAUCAUCGACGUCAUGCUGAAUGACUUUGGGGACUCCAACCAGAGGUUUGGCUUCGAGGUCGGCCCCGUCUGCUUCCUCGGCUAGACACGCCCCUGCUUCCUGCUGAAGGACGGGGUCAGAGGGUACCAUAUUAACACCCACACGCUGAGAUCCGACAACCUUCACCUUCUCUCCCCGCAAAGCAAAAAAACCUGUGUUUUUCUUUUGUUGCCGAGAAGAUCCACUCAAGCCUGGAGAAGAAGAGUGCCCCCCCCCCCUCCCCCCCUCAAGCCCUGUCAUGAAAGCGCUGACCCGGGGAAGCUACUCCUCGCCCUUGUAGGGCCAGAAUCACAUGACUUUAACUCAGCAAUGCGAGUGCCAUCAGGAAAAGGACAUUUGAUGCCGUGGCGGACGGUGGCACACCUUCAGCAACGGAGAGCGGAUCCACUCACCCGAAGCUCCAUCCUCCCUCGUCCUCCUCCUCCACCACGCCUCCCUCUCUGGGUGCUGGAGGUGCUGCUCUGAAUACAACCACAGAGGUGCUUUUGUGCAGAAUCACAAGACGCUCAAGGUGCUACAAAAUGUUCUUUUUGAUAAAACUGUAAUUAUUAUUAUUAUUAUUAUUAUUUUGUACAAUACUGUUCCUGUCCGAAUCCGCUCUAACGCUUGCAUGUGCCCCAGCUCUUAACUUCUAAUAGAAACUUGGUAAACUAUGUUAGAAAUAAAUGCCAUAAAUAUAUUUUAAGAACAAAUGUGAUGAGGAUUACUGUGUAUUUUAAAACCGUUUGUGACAUAAAUUGACAAAAGCUCCAGUUUGUAAGUUUAAGAUGAAUCUUUUGUAAAUAACUUCCAUUAUUUGAGAACAAAGACUGGAGGACAACACAUUGUGCCUUUUUCAUAACAGUUGGAAAUGAAGCCAUAUUAAAAUUAGAUAAUAAUAUAAAUGAUAUGAAAGGGCUUAUUCUUCCACACAGAUCACCCAGACGUUAUACCUCAGUGUCCCUUUACAAUGUUGACAUAUUUGGCUCUUUGAACUUUAUUUUUGUGCAGUUAAAUUCGUCCAGUUUUUGUCUUAACAACAAAAUAUUCUGUUGAACCUCUUUGUAACAAUGGACAAAGUGUUUUCUUGUGCCUUGACUUGUUUGUCCAAAAAUAUUAAAACUGGAUUCUGAAAGAUGUGGGGUGGAAUGUCUGUAUUGCUGAUUAGAGCUUUUACCUUCCUUUGCUAAGAUAAUUUAAGAUUGGGAGGAUCAGUGUUUGGGUUCAUGUGACUGAUUGUGCUGUGAUCUCUUCCCGCUUUCUUUCUCGUGACUCAGAUUCGACUUUGAUCGGGAUCUGUGUGCAUCUCCGCCUCCUCCGCCCACAGCUAAGCCAGCUGUGACUUCCGAGCCGCUUUCAAACCUGUGUAACUAAACUAUGUUUACAAUCUAUGUAAAGCUGAAAUAAAUGUUUGGUGCUUUGCCAAAUGCACAUCG